AUGGCGCUGGCGUUCGAUGAGUUCGGGCGUCCGUUCAUUAUACUGAGGGAGCAGGAUCAGAAGACCCGUCUUAGAGGCAUCGAUGCCCAGAAAGCCAAUAUUGCUGCCGGCAAAGCGGUGGCUCGGAUCCUCCGUUCAUCUCUCGGACCUAAAGGAAUGGACAAGAUGCUUCAGGGACCUGACGGAGACGUCACCAUCACUAACGAUGGUGCAACCAUUUUGGAGCAAAUGGAUGUUGACAACCAGAUUGCGAAACUUAUGGUUGAACUGUCACGGAGUCAGGAUUAUGAAAUCGGUGAUGGCACAACGGGUGUUGUUGUCUUGGCUGGUGCACUUCUGGAGCAAGCUGAGCGUCAGCUAGAUAGGGGAAUUCAUCCUAUCCGUAUUGCUGAGGGAUACGAGAUGGCUUCUAGAGUCGCAGUAGAGCAUUUGGAGCGCAUAGCUCAGAAGUUUGAAUUCGACGCUGAUAACUUCGAGCCACUGGUUCAAACAUGCAUGACUACUCUAUCCUCAAAGAUUGUGAAUCGAUGCAAGCGCAGUUUGGCUGAGAUUGCUGUGAAAGCAGUGAUUGCUGUUGCUGAUUUAGAGAGGAGGGAUGUGAACUUGGAUCUGAUCAAAGUAGAGGGCAAAGUUGGGGGAAAGUUGGAGGACACUGAGCUUAUAUAUGGAAUACUGGUGGACAAAGACAUGAGCCAUCCACAAAUGCCGAAGCAUAUUGCAGAUGCGCACAUUGCCAUUUUGACUUGCCCCUUUGAGCCACCGAAGCCGAAGACUAAGCAUAAGGUGGACAUUGACACAGUGGAGAAGUUUGAGACUUUGCGCAAGCAAGAGCAGACUUAUUUCGAUGAGAUGGUUCAAAAGUGCAAGGAUGUUGGAGCUACACUGGUCAUUUGCCAAUGGGGAUUCGAUGAUGAGGCAAACCAUCUAUUGAUGCACCGGAAUUUGCCUGCUGUCAGAUGGGUUGGUGGUGUUGAAUUAGAGCUUAUCGCAAUAGCCACAGGCGGAAGAAUUGUACCAAGAUUCCAGGAGUUGACCCCUGAGAAGUUAGGAAAGGCUGGCGUAGUUCGUGAAAAAUCAUUUGGCACAACAAAAGAACGGAUGCUUUACAUUGAGCACUGUGCAAACUCGAAAGCUGUCACUGUUUUCAUCCGUGGAGGUAACAAAAUGAUGAUCGAAGAAACGAAGCGUAGUAUCCACGAUGCUCUGUGUGUGGCAAGGAAUCUCAUCCGCAACAAAUCAAUUGUAUACGGAGGUGGUGCAGCUGAAAUCGCCUGCUCGCUCGCAGUUGAAGCAGCAGCUGACAAAUACCCUGGCGUCGAACAGUACGCAAUUAGGGCAUUUGCAGAGGCUUUGGACUCAGUCCCUAUGGCUCUUGCGGAGAACAGUGGAUUACAGCCCAUUGAGACACUCUCUGCAGUUAAAUCUCAGCAAAUUAAGGAGAACAUUCCUUUCUAUGGGAUAGAUUGCAACGACGUGGGAACAAACGAUAUGAGGGAGCAGAAUGUGUUUGAAACUUUGAUCGGGAAACAGCAGCAGAUCUUGCUUGCAACGCAAGUCGUUAAGAUGAUUCUAAAGAUCGACGAUGUCAUCUCUAACUCUGAAUACUGA